UUUAGCCUUGUUGUGUAAGUAAACAAACAGCAGCAGCUCGGUCAGCUGUUACUCCGGCCAGUGUGGUCACCGCUCCAAGUGAGAGGUCAAGAGUCAUCAAUACAGCCGUCAUCACCUUCAUUAGUGAUCACACAUUGUACUUGCCACCACCAAUCACAAAAUGAGGCGUCGUGCAGGUGUUGGUGCUAUUCAGAGGCAAAAAAUCCAGCAAGAUAAGUUUAAGGAAAAAGGAAGUGAAAUUCAAGAAAAUCAGCUGGAACAGAUGACUCUUCAAAUGGAGAAAUUUCGUGAAAAAUUAGAAGAAUUUGCUGCCAAGCAUAAAACCGAGAUCAAGAAAAAUCCUCAGUUUAGGAAACAGUUCCAGGAGAUGUGUGCUUCCAUUGGUGUUGAUCCUCUCGCUUCUGGCAAGGGGUUCUGGUGUGAGAUGCUUGGUGUGGGUGACUUCUACUAUGAACUAGGUGUUCAGAUUGUGGAGCUGUGUGUUGCCACCAGCCAUCGCAAUGGGGGCGUCAUCUCACUGGACGAGGCACUCCGGAGACUUAACCACAGGAGGAGACCAGAUAACCAGAUUAGCGCUGAUGACUUGGUGAGGGCAGUAAAGAAACUACACGUGCUUGGGUCAGGCAUGGAGGUGGUUGCUACAGGAUCCUCUCAGUUCAUAUACGCCAUCCCUGGUGAACUCUCAAUGGACCACACUACACUCCUCCAGCAUGCCGAAAAUGUUGGCCAUAUGACUGUAUUUACUGCAACAUCAAGUCUGGGGUGGACACAGGAACGUGUUAGCCGUACACUGGAUCAUCUACUAAGAGUGGGUGUUGCUUGGCGAGAUGACCAGGACCGUCCUCCCUCAUAUUGGUUUCCAGCAUUUUUUCAGCAGUGUACAGCAGCUGAAUAAUGUAUGUUUAUGGAUUAUAUUAUGGUAUCUGACUGAUAGAUAUUCAUUUGCUUGUGUGUUGCUUUUUACUUUGUUUCAAUGAAGUAUGUUCUUUAAUGGUUUAUAUUUAUACUCUCUCUGUUAGUUUUCAUUCUUGAAGGGGUGACCUCAAAUUUAUCAAAUGUAUCUUCUGCUUUCAAGUGUAAUUUUUUCUUUUUUAAGUGGUACACAAAGUACAGUAUAGUAAUUGCCUGAGAAAGUCCUGUUUGUUUUCAAGCAUUCAGUAUAUCAUUGUACUAAAACAAGAGAGUAUGGAACAAAUAAGAUUUUCUCUUGGAAUUAAAGAUAAAAGUAAAAAUGUCUUUAACAGAAUAAUAGACAAGGCCCAAACAUGAGGUAAAAAGAAACAAUACUGUACGUGAUAAAACAUUGUACAGUACAGUAUAUUCUAUUAAUGGAGGGUGAUAAAUCACUAAGUGUACAUGAUUGCAAGAGUGAAAAACUCAUGUCAAGUUCUGUUUUUAAUGAACAGGAAAUACUAGGCAGAAAUGUAGUGUAGAUUUUCUUAAUGAAUUUUGUCUAGAGAUUAAUUUGUCCUUGAAAUUUCAGUGCAUUCAUAUACAUAUGGAAGAUGAAUGAUGUGUGGAAGUAAACAGAAAUCACUGAUAUGCUGUAUAGCCUUACAAAUUUAAUAAUGAAGGAGGUAUUGAAUACCAAGCUGGUGUGAGGAAUGCUAUUAUAACAUUUCAUUGUUACGUUAGUUUUGGUGACAAACACAAAGUAAAUAUAUAUAUUUACACUAAUGUAUAAUAAGGUACAGGGGUUUGAUGAAGUGAAACGAGGAAUGGUGUGUUGACCAGACCACACACUAGAAAUUGAAGGGACGACGACGUUUCGGUCCGUCCUGGACCAUUCUCAAGUCGAUUGUGAUGAGGACAGGUAGGGACAGGCAUUAAAUAGGCAAGAGAGAGCUGAGGAGGAAAGUCAGGUGUAAUGUGUCAGGAGGAAUGGUGUGACUGUGGCGACCCAUCGACUCUCCAAGAGGGUGAGGGUUAUAUAGUUAUAUGUAAAACAUUUAGGCAAAGUGUAUGUCCACUUUGAGAAUAAUGUAGGUGCCAUAUAACUGAACAAAGGCAGAAAUAAUACCACUGUGCAAGAAUAAAGUUCAGAUGAGCAGAAGCCUAAAGGAAAGUAUCUUGCUGGAAGGAGCUUGGAAGAGUUGAAAAGUUACAAUGGAGAAGGUGACGGAUUUGACUGUACGAUGUGAUGAGGAAGGAGGGCUUAAAAUAGGUAAAUGGUAAUGAUGAUGAGUCAAUAAAGUGGCUGAAAAAAGAUGACCAAAUCACAACUCGGAAGAUGGAGAAGCGACAACGUUUCGGUCCGUCCUGGACCAUUAUCAAGUGAUAAUGGGAUAAAUAACACACAAAUAACAACAGCGUCUCCAUCUUAUGCGUUGUGGUUUGGUCAUCAAGGUAAAAGAAUAUGCUAAUAAGAUAUGGUUUAUUAUUGUCUGUGAUAGAAUACCUGCUAGGCUUAUCAAGAUCCCUAACUCAAAUAACUGACCUUCCUCAGGAAAACUCACAACAGUUGACAAACUCCUCGGAAACUAGUAACUUCUGAAUGAACCAAGGCAUUAGGUGUAAGGAAUCUGUACUCUAGCUUGUAGCAAAAUUUUGGAAAGAAGUUGUGUGAUGCAAAUCUGGAUUUAGUAAAUGACCAUGUAUCACAUGGUGCUCAGAUGGGAUGCCUUACCAGUGAAGUUCAUAUAAAUGAAUUAUUUUCACUUAAUAUUCAUAUAUUUUUUCACAACCCUAUUAAAGUACUGUAUUCAUACUUAGUUAUUUUCAUUAAUACAUUGUUGAAGAAGAUAACCAGAUUUGACUGUUUAUUGGCAGUUGUGAAUUCUGAGGCAUGAUUUUAAAAUAGCAGUUUCCAAAUACAGUAUUUUGGUUGACAAUAACUUUUGCUAAAUGUGGGUAAAAAAGAAAGCUGUUCCAAUCAGCAGAAGUACAGUAACUGGAAGAAAAUGGUCCAAGCACGGAUACACUGAGAAAGGAUUAAAAUAUUCUAUUUCUAUUAAGAGCAUUAUGGUUCUUUAAGUAUAUAAUCAUAGCUGUAAGAAAAUUUUUAAGUACACUGUACUUUCAUUAUCGAAAAAAGCUACUUGAUAUAUUGCUGUAAACUACUGCAAUUUAAAGACCAUACAUAUGUUGUUAUAUGCAAAUUCAGGCUGAUUUUCUUAGUAAUUUAUUAACUUUAAGUUUUCAAGUAAUUUGAAAAUUUGUGUAAUCCAUUGUCAAUUAAAUGAUAUUUGUUUGUGAAUGUAUCUAUAGUACAGUGUUUAAAUUACAGUAGUGUAGUGUAUAUACAAAUAAAAGUAUUAUAUAUACAGUAUUGUAUAUUCACAUAUUACUGUACAAGCAUUAACCAUACCAGUUUCCCUCCCAUGCUCACUGCAAACACACCUGUAAAGUAAUUACUAUAUAUUAAUUUGAAUGAUUCAUGGUUUCUUCUUUGAACUUUAGUAAAUUAAUACAAUAUAAUUCAAACUAAUGCAGUCUGUUUACAAAAUUUUUAGGUGUUUAGAUUUUUAGGUAUACUGAAAAAUGUGCUAGACAAAUAUUUAUUUGAAUGUUAGUCUUUAUAAUUGUUCACAUUUAGACACAUUGACAAUAUAAAAUGCCUCUUAUAUCUAAUAGAGUAGCAGCUCGGGAAACAUACUGAAUGCAUAUUUCAAAUAGCCAUGACAGGCGAUUCUUUGCAUGAUAGAAGUAGUCAAGAUGCUGAACACGCACUUACAGAAUUACGCACUCUCAAUAUAAGUGAAAUACAUUUGUACCUGCAAGGAUGCCAAAGCAAGAGAAAUGUGAUGCAACUGCUCACUUGCAUCACGGAUCCUCUCUAAUUUUGGCUUUACAUUUAGGGUUGCAACCAAAAUAUAUAAUUCACUUCUAUGUAUGGAGAUACUGUAUCUUGUCUAUUAAUUUUUGUGAUUUUCAUUACAAAUGUCUGCAUGUGUUUGUAGCUUCAUGACAAAGCUAAUGAAACUACUUUUACUAACCUUUCCCUCCUUAAGUUUGUACAGUAUAUAUGUCUUGCUGCUCACUAAAACAAGAUGACCAUAAAAAGAUAAAUAAAAUAUAGCAAGACAAAUGUUUUAUAUAAUUCUUUAAAUAUCUAGAUAAGUUCAUUAAAUGUAAUUAGCAAUAUUGUUUGUCUAAUUACAUAUAUAUAUGAUAUUCCUGAAAUAUUAUCUAAGUCUUAGAAAAAUCAUUACUGUACUUUUUUAUUUAAUCGUAAAUUUUAUAAAAAAAAUAGUUCUACUUCAAACAGAUCUUUCUGCAACACAAUACAGUACUGUACUUGUAAUUCCUUAUAACAAAAAAUCAACAUAAGCUGAGAAAAUCCAAUUUUUAACACUAUAUAGUAAUGUGGACACUUUUUGGUGUUUUAGAUUCAGCCACUCGGAACAAAAUGUGCCAGGCAGCAUGGGCUAUGAUGAGCCCGUCGUACUCGCCUGGUACAGGAGAUGUGCGUGUUAUGUGUUGUGCAGACACUGUAUACUGUACAGUAUGCCCCUGAAUUAGCUAUAUUUCUCUGAAAUUGGACAAACUUGUUCAAAACUUAAGUUUAUUGAUGUUUAUUAUGUUUAACAUGUAUUAAAAUUUAAAAAGUUCUAAAUUAUUUCAUCUCUCUCUCUCAGAACACUAACCUUAAUAAUAAAUACACAAGAACACAUUUAUUGUCAUCCCAUAUUAAAGAAUUGUGUUAAUGAAAUAAGAGAAAGAUUUACAGGGAAAUUUCACAGGAUCUGUCCUACAGACAAAGCAAUUCGUGAGCUUUAGCAAAUUUAAAAGAAUUGGAUCUGUUCAAAAUGUGUUUCACAAUGUUAGUUAGAUUUUAAAUAUGCAGGGAUACAGACAGAGCUCAUAUUAAAAGUUCUCAAUAAAGAUUUGACCUAUGAUUUAUAAAUUUCUUUGUAUCAAAAUUUGGUGAAAACAUGACAUUACCUGUAUGUAGGAUUUUAAAAGAUUUGUUCAAUUUCAUAGAAAUAGAUAAUUCUGGGACACCUUGUACAUAUUGCUCUGCACCCUGGUAAUAUUUUUAGUGAAAAGAUACUGGCAUGAUGAUCAUAAUACAGAACAAGAAUUUGAAUCUUUAAUCCAGAAAUUCAGAUUUAGACAAAAUAUUGAAAGUAGUGUCAGGCUGUUGAUUAGUAAAUGAUUUAUUUUA